AUGAGCCAUUCUACAACGGAGACGAAAGAAGCGACCGAAGCAUACAAAGAGACGAUGAGCGACGGAGCAAAAAGACGGCGCGAGAUCGAAGAUACUGGGGAGAAGGAAGAAAUAGGACGAGAUAGGGGCGAAAAGCCAAAAAUGAUAGUUGAGGAGGACAGAGACGUGGAUACAGAGGAAAAAGCGCAGGUGGUGGCGGUGGGAGACGACGGGCAGCAGUGUUCGAAUUGUGGAACCACGAAGACACCACUUUGGAGGAGAGCACCUGAUGGGACGUUGAUAUGCAAUGCGUGUGGAUUGUAUCUUCGGUCCAACAACAGUCACAGACCGGUAAACUUGAAGAGGCCGCCCAACACGAUUCGGGUUAUGAAAACGGAGGAAGGUUCGUGCAAAGGGGACGGGAGAUGUAAUGGUACGGGGGGCUCAAUGGCAUGUAAAGGGUGCCCAGCAUAUAAUAAUAGAGUGGUUGUGAAGCGAGACAUAACCAACGAAGCGAGUGAUAAGGAGGGCGACACGGACGGGAACAAGACGCCUGAAAAGGCGUCUUCACCAACGAGCACGCAUACUCCAGAAAACGAACCGAUGGCCAUUGCCUGCUUCAAUUGUGGUUCCACUAUCACGCCGUUAUGGAGACGGGAUGACGUAGGUAACACCAUUUGUAAUGCUUGUGGGUUGUACUACAGGCUACAUGGAUCACACAGACCAAUUAAGAUGAAGAGAAACACUAUCAAGAGGCGGAAGAGAAACAUGACCCUUAUCAAGAGGGACGAUUCGGAGGAAAGGUUGACUUCGCGUGCAUUAAACGAGCCUCAACAGCAGCCCGGAAUACAUCCUGGACAACAAACUCAACAACAGCAUCAACAACAGCAUCAACAUCAACACCAACAACAACAUCAACAGCAUCCCCAACCACAUCAUCAACCACAUCAUCAACCACCACAACAACAGCAUCAACACCAGGGUAUGCAGCCACCGAUGUUGGCCAUUCAACCUAGCCAUGUAUCGUUUUACCCCCCUUACAACGGAGGAAGAAUUCCAAAUGGUCCAGGACCUGUUCCAGGACCUGUGCCUCCAGGAUUUACAAACUACCCUCCUCCACAAUAUAUGUCUGGACCUCCAAUGGUUGCUCCUCCAUAUGGAUACAUGUACCCAUAUCCACCUCCACCGCAACAACAACCUCUGCCACAAGCCAUGCAAAUUCAACCUCAACUACCUCCACAACCUCAACCAAUACAGAACCAACAACUACCAUCCCGCCAUCACGAAUUGCCACCGUCAUCAAACUUACCAAUCAAAAACUACAAUCUGUCUAUAAAAUUACCCAUGAUCAAUAUUCAAAAUAAGAGGACUCCUGGAAUCAGUGCCCAACCGGACGAGCUUAGGAAACCUGAGGUCAAGAAGGUCCCCCAGGUUAAGAAGUCACCUGAGGUAAAGCGAACCUCGGCCAUUCAGAAUCCAGAAGCAAAGGAGACACCAGACUCUAAACCCAGAGAAAUUAUCCCUCUUCCUACAGUCAAGAAAGAAUCAGACAAAUGCUGUUCCAAGUGUAGGAGUACCACUCCUGUUGCAAUCGAUUUUACUUCUUCUUAUAAAUCAGAAUCUCCAAUUACCUUGCAAAACACUGAGACUGCAUCUACAAAAAGUACGUUGAAAAAGCCAACGGUUUCUACUCCAAGAGAUAAAUCUCCUGGUAUGUCAAUCGGAGGACUAUUGAACGAUAAAUAA